CUAGGCAUGCAGACUGCUUCUACAAACACUUGUGAAUGAAUGGGUUGCUCUCAGGAACUCAUUGAAUUUAAGUGUGGUACCGUGAUAGGCCACAUUAGUGCAACAACAGUGUGUAGAGAGCUUCAUAGAAUGGGUUUCCACAGCCAAGCAGCUGCAUCCAAGCCUUACAUCACCAAGUGCAAUGCAAAGCGCCAGAUGCAGUGGUGAAAAGCACACAACUGAACUCUAGAGCAGUGGAGAUGUGUUCUCUGGAAUGACGAAUCACGCUUCUCUGUCUGGAAUUCCAAUAGACGUGUCUUGGUUUGGCGUUUGCCAGGAGAACGGCACUUGCCUGACUGCAUUGUGCCAAGUGUAA